GGCGUCAUGUGGUGUCUGCUCCGCGGCCGCGGGCCCUUCCCACAGACCUCCGAGAAGCCCGGGUCCAGAGCGCCGCUGACAGCCACGCGGCUCCGGGCGCUUUCUUCCUCCCCAGUCUCAGAGAACAAGCAGCCAGCUGCUCUGGCGCGGCCUGGGAGCCAGGCCCCCACACCACCACGCGGGAAGGACUGAGACCUUACGGCAGUGUCCCCUCGGCCUCACCUGGGCCUGCCUAUGAGAAUUCGCUUCUUGUUCGUUUGAAGUCUGUUUAUUGUGUCUGUGUUUUGCACGGUGGACUUUGAUGACGAUGGGGCCGCUCUGGGGAUUGCCUGCUGAGUGCGCAGCUGCCCGGAGCACGUUCUCGAGCCGGCGAGCCCCAGCUGGCGGGCCGCUGAGCGGCUCCCUCCACGCCGUCCUCAGCCACGGCGGGCCGGGUCAAUGAGAGCCCGGUGCCACCGGGUGCAGCCCCUCGGGCGCCAUGUGCGCCUGCACGUCACAGCCCGCGUCCGCUGCGCUGAAAAGCUCUGUGGACUCGCUGGCCAGGACUCCAGUGGGCACGUCUGUUUUCUUCGGGGGACUCAAGCAGCUGCCUUCUCUGACCCUCGAAGGACAUGGAUGGGAAUCCCAGCUUCUGGAAACAGGAUUCCUGGGGAUCUUCCUGUGCCCUCUUUGGACUCUGUCUCGAUUGCCCAGGGAGACCCCCCCGUCCCAGAUCGUUUUGUGGGGCUUCCGGUGGCUGAUUUUCAGAAUCAUGCUUGGAGCAGGCCUGAUCAAGAUCCGGGGGGACCGGUGCUGGCGGGAUCUCACCUGCAUGGACUUCCAUUAUGAGACGCAGCCGGUGCCCAACCCUGUGGCCUACUUCCUGCACCGAUCCCCGUGGUGGGUCCACCGCUUUGAGACGCUCAGCAACCACUUCCUGGAGCUCGUGGUGCCCUUCUUCAUCUUCCUCGGACGGCAGAUGUGCGCCCUCCACGGGGCCUUGCAGAUCCUGUUCCAGGUGGUCCUCAUCAUCAGCGGGAACCUGAGCUUCCUCAACUGGCUGACCAUGGUGCCCAGCGUGGCCUGCUUCGACGACGCCACUCUGGGGUUCUUGUUUCCCUCCGGGCCCGGCGCCCUUAAGGACCGAGUUCUGAAGCUGCAGGAGGAGACCGCCCGAGGGGCCCGGCCCACCCUGAGAUACGGCUGCAUGGUGCGGCGGGCAGUGCACGUGGCACUGGGCGUCCUGGUGGCCUGGCUCAGUGUCCCUGUGGUCAUCAACCUGCUGAGUCCCACGCAGGUCAUGAACACCUCCUUCAACCCACUCAGGAUCGUCAACACAUACGGAGCCUUCGGAAGCAUCACCAAGGAGCGCACAGAGGUCAUCCUGCAGGGCACAGCCAGCCCCAACGCCAGCUUGCCAGACGCCGUGUGGGAAGACUAUGAAUUCAAGUGCAAGCCGGGUGACCCAGGGCGGCGGCCAUGCCUCAUCUCCCCCUACCACCACCGCCUGGACUGGCUCAUGUGGUUCGCGGCCUUCCAGACCUACGAGCACAAUGAGUGGAUCAUCCACCUGGCAGGCAAGCUCCUGGCCAACGACGCCACAGCUCUGUCCCUACUGGCCCUCAACCCUUUCAAGGACAGGGCACCUCCCAGGUGGGUCCGGGGAGAGCACUACAGGUACAAGUUCAGCCGCCCCGGGGGCCAGCACGCUGCCGCGGGCAAGUGGUGGGUCCGCAAGAAGAUCGGCGCCUACUUCCCCCCGCUCAGCCUCCGAGACCUAAAGGACUACUUCCGGUCACGGGAGUGGCCGUACCCGGAACCGGACUAGAAGCGGCCCCAGUGCACGGAGGAAUAAAGCAGGAAGGCCUUGCUGUUUGAGUGAA